CUGAAAGUCAAAGAAACUGAGAGAGCACAUUAAAAGGUUUCUGUUAGGUUUAUGUCAUCUUAGUUUCGGGCUGAGAACUUUUGAUACAGUUUGCUUCUGAAGCUAUCCUUUUGAAUUCACCAUUGUCAUCAUGCAGAUUCUUCUGGGAGUCCUUGUCUGCCUUUUUCUUGCUACUUCAGGCAACACAUUGUACUGCGAAGUCUGCACAGGCCUUGGCACCAGCUGCACAGGUGGCCUCCAGAUUUGUAGUGCUGGCAAUGAUACCUGCAUCAUCGCUGUGACUGAAAAUACACUAGUUGGAGAUACAAUUCAGACCAUUGCUAAAGGUUGUGGUUCUUCCAGUGUCUGUAAAGUUGGGGUAACCUAUAUGAAUUUUGGACAAGGAAAGAAAAUACGAUCAAACACUAUUUGCUGUGUGGGAGAGGCCUGUCGAACAGCAGUGCCACAAAUUCCUCCACUGAUCACCCAAACCAAUGGAAAGCAUUGUCCAUCCUGCUAUGCUGUGUCACCCAGCAGUUGCAAUGAGGAUGAGAUUGUGGAGUGUGUUGGACCAGAAGACAACUGUCUUGAUUUGGCUGUAACUGUUACUUAUGGAACUUUUGUUGCCAGAACUCUUCAGAAGGGCUGCGUGAGCAAAUCAGUCUGUGAUAAUAUUAAAACAGGUGAAACAGAAAUGAAAGAGGUGCACAGUCUCGUCACAAAGGCCAAGUGCACACCGGCCUCCAGCCUGGCCUGAAAAGUUGACAACUCAACAUCACUGGCCUCCUUCUGGAAAGUAACUUCAUUUAAUCCACUUUCAUUGUGUUGUAUAAUUUAACUUUCCCCCAAAGCAACUCAAGACUCCUGUGUGUCUUGGAUGAAUUCUGAAUGAAAAGAAUAAAGAACAUGAAAUAUGAAGAAAA